CAUGUGACCCUGAUCCAGGACGGCUCCGUGAGUGCCGCUGACGUCCUGCUGCUCUGCACCGGCUAUAACUUCCGGUACCCGUUCCUGGAGGGGCGGCAGCUGGGCCUGGAGAUCCAGGACCACGUGAUGACGCCGCUGUACCGGUUCCUGACGCCGCCGGCCUUCCCCUCGCUCUUCUUCAUCGGCAUCGUCAAGAUGGUCUGCCCCUUCCCCAACUUCCACGUCCAGGUGCAGUUCUGCCUGGCGGUGCUCGACGGCUCGGUGGCGUUGCCGUCCUGCAGCCAGAUGGAGGCGGAGGUGCGGCGGGAGCAGCAGGAGAAGCUGGCGCGCGGCGUGGAGCACCGCCACCUGCACAUGAUGCAGCUGGAGCAGUGGGACUACUGCGAGGCGCUGGCGCGCGCCGGGGGCUUCGCACCGCUGCCGCCCGUCGUCCGCAGCCUGUACGAGGAGGUGUGGCGGCAGCGCGGCGUGCACCCCCAACGCUACCGGGACCUCAACUACCGGCUGGUCAGCGACACCCGCUGGGAGGCGCGCAACUGACGGGGACUCGGCGAUCAGUCGACCCGUAGCGCAACACUACUAACACGUGAACGUGGGGGGUCACGCAAAACGCUCCAUGGUGUUUUAGCCCCGAGCGCCGACUGCCAGGCCGCGCUGCGACCGCUGACUUUGAGGCGGCUUGACGGUGCUCGAUCCGUCCUGCACACGUGCAGAUGAUAGUCACGAUGUACGAGGAUUUACGACACUGCAGGUGGAGGCUAACGCUAGUUUAGCUAACAGCUAACCCGGCUAACCGCUAGCUAGCGUACAGCUUGAUUCAGCCUAAAAUAACGUUACUCAAACUAAACAGCGGCAAAAGCAGCCUACAGCUAAAUUAAGACUUUACAGUUAUCAUAAAGACCAGUAUUGAGUGAGUGUGUUUUAAAUGAGCACAAGUAACGCAGAACUGACGUAACAGCUGUUAUAUAUUUAAACCGUUAUUUUAAGUUUUGAGGGUCUUUCACAUGCUGUCUCAGCUAGCGGUUAGCCAAAUUAGCUGUUAGCUAAGCUAACGUUAGCUUUCCGGUGGAGGCGAAACGGACUUUCUUUAACUGUCUAUGGGAACAGAUCGUGCAGUGUUGUAACUCCGCGUUCAUCAUGACAUCAUCAUGACAUCAUCAUGACAUCAUCUUGCACGUGUACCGACACACCGAACCCAACCACUGCCCAAUCCUUGUGCCUUCCAGGCGACGUUGGGGGCUUAAAACACCUCAAAACCUCUUCAAAAAUAAGUUAAAAUGUUCUAAACCGUCUCAUUUUACGUGAAGUAGUCUGUGAUCCUCUCAACGUCCUCUGAUCUCAACUCUUAGUCAAAAUAAUUCAUUAUUUCUGCUCAUUAACUCAUUAUUUCUGCUAUUUUUCUAACUCAAAAAUGAGAUC